AUGUGGCACACUGUGAGGUAUAACGCAUGUGUAGCGCUCUUCUAUAGCGGACAACGGCGUAUACUUAAUAUUUUUUCCAUUUGGCCGCAAGAAGGUCGCUGGCUGCAAAUACUGCAUAGCCUAAACUUUUGGCAUGUAUUUUGCUAUUGGAUACUGAUAUUCGAUUUGAUAUUGCUGCUGCAUGUUGUGCUCAACAUCAGCCAGAUGGAAGAGGUCAUCAAAGGAUUCUUUCUGCUGAGCACUUGCAUUGCGUAUACGAUGAAGGUGAUUUGCCUUAAGCUUAAUAAUGUUGCUGCUUUGAAGCUGUUUGAACAGCUGCAUAGCUCUGACUACAAGCCGUCUAAUCUGCAGGAGCAGCGCAUGUUUCUGGAGGCCUCUGAGCUCAGCCGCAGAUUGCGUAACAUUUAUGGCGUCACAUCGGUAUCGUCGCUUUGUAUGGUUUUGGUCACGCAAUAUUUUAUUGACAAUACGCAACUGCCGUUGGCCACUUAUAGUCCCUUUGAUGUAUCCCAAGGCUCCUUCGGCUACUGGUUCACCUAUGUUUAUCACUGUGUUGCGCUCUCAGGCGCCUGUUUUCUCAACAUCAGUUUUGACUCGCUUUGCUGCUCCUUGUUCAUAUUUGUGCGCUGCCAGCUGGAUAUGUUGGCACUGCGCUUGGAAAACCUUGGUCAGGAGGAAGUGUGUGCGGAGAAAUUGGAGUUGCAGCUUAAGACUUGCAUCAAGUAUUUCAUGAAUAUUGUGGAGCUGGCAGCGGAAGUUGAGAGAUUGCUCUAUAUGCCUAUAUCAGUGCAAAUCUUUUGCUCAGUGCUUGUGUUGACGGCUAAUUUUUAUGCAAUGUCGUUGCUAGCCGAUGAUAAGUUGGUAUUUCUCAAGUUUUUCAUAUACCAAAGCUGCAUGGUUAUGCAAAUUUUCAUGAUAUGCUAUUUCGCAGGCGAGAUAACCCAACGCAGCUUAAAGCUGCCGCAUAAUCUCUACGCAUCCAACUGGGUGGACUGCUCAAGAGCCCAUCGUCGUCUAAUUUUGAUGUUCAUGCAGCGUCUGGAUUAUGCCAUACGUAUACGCACUAUCAAUGCCAGUCAUGCCUUUGACCUAAUGCUGUUUAGUUCGAUUGUCAACUGUUCGUACAGCUACUUUGCGCUGCUUAAGCGCGUCAACAAUUAAAUGCAUAGGGCAAGCGUAUAUAUAUAGUAAAAAC